AUGUUGGCCACGGAGGAGGACAUCCGCAAGACAUUCCAGACAGUGUUAGAGAAGGAGGCGACGCUGGCCACUAUCAACAUCUGGGAGCGGCGCGAUGGUUCACAGCGUGCCCGAGUGCGAUUGCCACGCAGCGACGCCAACCAUCUGAUAGAUAAGCGGCUCCUAAUUGGCUACUCUUGCUGCAUGGUACGAGAAGCACCGAAACCGUUGCCAAAUUCGCGGUGCCUGGAACGCGGCCACAUGUCCAGGGACUGCCAGGGGAUCGACAGAUCCGGCAUGUGCCUGCGCUGUGGAGCGAUUGACCACAAGGCAGCCAACUGCAAUAACGACCUAAAAUGCAUGAUCUGCGGCGGCCCGCAUCGUAUCGCCGCCGCCUCCUGUACGAUAACAACACGGACUUGUUGA